UCGUUUCUUCCCACUUUUUUAUUUUCGUUCUCCCCAAUAUCGAUAUCUAAAUCCUAAAAGACUAAAACCCUAGACCCAAACCAACGAUUGCAAGCCCAAUCCAUCUGCCAGCGGCAACCAGGAAGGCGAUUGCUGUUGUGUCGGCCAAGCAAGAAGCUCCAACAGAGGAAUUAGUUCUAUGGGGAAGCUUCGAGCAGGUGUUCUUGUUUUCGACCAGUUCGGCAUCGUGCAAGCUGUAUAUGACAAUGUCCAUGAGGUUCAACACUUUCUAAUAGCAUAAUGAUGAUUCUAUUGUGAAUUUCUUUCUAUAUGAAUGAGGUGAUUUCUGGACAUUGUGGUAAUCUAAGUGUGGUGCGUGAUAGUUCCUUCCAAUAUCUAUGGUGGGGUCACUAGUAAGAGAGAGCCAAAGAGGUUUCUUAGGAUUGAUAUUUGGUCAUACGAAGAGUUCUCAGCAACUGAAUAGAUACAAUAAGCCUUAUCGUACUUGCUUUUUGCAAGGAUUUUCUGCUAUCGGUGGAAAGCGAGAAAACUUAUACUGGAAAGGAGCCUCUCGCUCGAUAUUGCUGGGAAAGCUUGAAAGUGCUUUGAAGGAACACCAAGUUGAUGAGGCGUGGGAAACUUACAAGGAUUUCAAGCGCCUUUAUGGUUUCCCUGAUCAGUUUCUUGUGGCUAAUCUGGUAACUGAGUCGUCGUAUUCGGCCGAUCCCAAAUGCCUUCGUAGGGCUUGUGAUUUAGUUCUUUCAAUUUCAAAAGAGAAAUCAGUUCUACUUCGACCUGAAAUGAUGACAAAGCUGGCCCUCUCUUUGGCCAGGGCUCAAAUUCCUGUUGCAGCAUCAAGCAUUCUUAGACUGAUGGUAGAGAAGAGGAGUUUACCACCAUUGGAUGUAUUACGAAUGAUUUUCCUACAUUUAGUCAAGACAGAAAAUGGAACUUAUUUAGCAUCAAAUAUUUUGGAUCACAUUUGUUAUUGUUUCCAGAAGUUAAUUGUGAACAAAUCAGCUCAAGCAGAGUUGACGAAGCCUGAUGUGACAAUUUUUAACCUUGUUCUUGAUGCCUGUGUGAGGUUUGUAAGUCCUUUAAAGGGUCAGCAGAUUAUAGAAUUGAUGCCACAAUUAGGAGCCAUAGCAGAUGGCCACACUGCUGUUAUUAUUGCUCGCAUACAUGAAAUGAAUGGCAUGAGAGAUGAGCUAAAGAAAUUCAAAGAUUAUGUGGAUAUGGUUCCAGUUACUCUGAUUCCGCAUUAUCAGCAGUUUUAUGACUCUCUGCUAAGUUUGCAUUUUAAGUUUAAUGAUAUUGAUGGUGCAUCUGCACUGUUAAUGGACUUGUGUAGAUGUUCUGAGUCAAGUACUUUUCAAAGGGGUCAGAAAGAAGAACUGAAAUCCUGCAGCGUUUCAAUUGGAUCUGACAAUAUUAGGAUGGGGUUGAGACUACAGUUUCUACCCCAGCAAUUGCAGAGGGAUUUUGUCUAUAAAGGGCACAACAAGCAGGAGCUUAUCCUAUAUAAGAGUGGGAAGUUUGUCCUUAGCAACAAAUGUUUGGCCAAGCUCAUAAUAUCAUACAAGAGAUCUGGGAGAAUUAAUGGGCUCUCAAGACUUCUUAUUGGCAUCCAUAAUAUGUUAAGUUCAGAAGGAAAUAGCAGGUCCUGUUCAGAUGUAAUCGACGCUUGCAUAUAUUUGGGAUGGCUUGAGACUGCUCAUGACAUUUUAGACGACUUGGAAUCAGAAAAAUAUUGUGUCAGGGAAAGUUCAUAUACAUCCCUUUUGGCUGCUUAUUACCAUAAAAAGAUGUUAAGGGAAGCGGAAGGGCUAGUAAGACAAAUCAGGAGAGUCGACCUUGCCAUAAGUUUUCCUGAUGAAAUGGCUUUCUCCUCUCUUGUUUCUAAAUCUGAAGAUGAACGGACCUCGGAUUCGAUGGCCAAAUCAGAUUUGGCCAACUCUAUCAUCCAAAAUGUGAGAGAAGAGGACAAAGCAGUUUCCUUUCUCGUUCAUGAGUACAAUUCCUCUAUCUACUUCUUCACAAAGGCCAAAAUGAUUCAAGAUGCAACACAGACAUACCGCAAAAUGCAAAAGAUGAAGAUCCAGCCUAAUGCUGUAACUUUUUUCCAUCUGAUUUGUGGAUAUUGUUCUUCAGGAAUGUAUCGUGAAAUCACAAUCUUAUGGGGGGACAUCAAAAGGAGCAUGGAGAAUCAGAAUACAGUAUACAACAGAGAUUUGUAUGAGCUAUUGCUUUUAAAUUUUAUCAGGGCAGGCUACUUUGAGAGGGUUAUGGAGGUCAUUGGCUUUAUGAUGGAGAAUAAUAUGUUUUUGGAUAAGUGGAGCUAUAAAACCGAGUUCUUGAAGUUUCACAGGGAUCUUUAUAGGACCUUAACUGCAUUGGAAGGUAAAGAUGAGGCUCAAAAGAGGAGGAUUGAGCAUGUUCAUGCAUUCAGGAAGUUUGUCGGCAUAGUUUGAAAUACAUUGGAAGUUUCUCAGCUGCAAUCUACAAA